GCCUCAUUGGGUUGCACACAGCGGUCCGCUCAUUGGCUCGUGUACAAAUAUGUAUAGGUCAGGAUAGCGAAAAUUGGGAAGAGUACAAAUCCCAUAAUAUGCAUGUAUUGUACAAUACAAUUUACAGGCUGCAUGGAAGCGGGUGUACGUUGCUCUAGCUUUUAUUUUCCAGGGAAGGGCAGUAAGUUACAACGCUCAACAGUGUAAUAACAUGUACAAGUCUUUGACAUAAAACUUGGAACUAAGUUAAAUGGAGUAGACGGGUGUUUGUGUCGACAAAAUUUGCAACAACCAUGGGUUCAGCAGGCGGAGUUACUGAAGGGGGUCGUGCAGGUUGGCUAGUUGUGCUCGCCUUGUGGACCAGACUUUUCCUUAUGGUUGGAGUCCUGAAAUCUAUCGGUAUGAUGAUUCCCUUGCUGCAAGAUCAGUUUAAUACCUCCACGUGGAUCAUGGGCUGGAUAUCCUCCAUCAUCGGCACUUCCACUGGAAUAUCUGGAAUUUUUGCGAAACUGAUCGGCAGACGUUUCGGCCCCGGUUACGCGAUCAUGACGUGUGGUGUCAUGAUCAGUGCCUCGGUCAUUAUUGCGUCGUUUGCAACCUCUCCUGGCCAUCUAGCGUGUGUUUUUGUUGUACUUUUGGGCACAGGAUUUGGAAUUUCUGGUGUGCUGAUGAAAGAGGUCAUCGGCCGCUGCUUCACCACGAACUACGCCACUGCUACGGGCAUCGCACGGACGGGUGAUUCUGCCGGGCUGAUUGUGUGUGCACCACUCUUUCAGUUAUUCCUCGAUACGUAUGGAUGGAGAGGAGCCAUGCUGCUCAUGGGCGCAAUCUCUAUGCAUCUUGUCGUGUGUGGCGCCCUCAUGGUACGAGCAGGAGCAUCUCCUACGAGCACAUACCAAGAGCUCUCUGGAGACGAUGUCAUCUCGGAACCAAGUCAACUUCCAGCUUGUUGCGACGCGCUCUCCAGGAAUCUUUCCAGGAAUUUUGAAAUCCAGCUGCUGUCCGAUUACCGUUACUGGGCAGCGGCAAGCGUAGCCUUCUGCACAAAGUACGCUUUCAACAUGUGGAUCAUUUACUUUGUCUCACAAGCACAAUCGAAUGGAUUUUCCUUGGAGGAUGCCGCAACAUUUGUAACAGUUGCAGGGGUUGGCGGUUUACUCGGCAGACUAGCUCAAGGGAUCUUGAUGGAUCGCAAGAUAAUACCACUCUUCCCUCUAACGGCCAUAACAAUAACCGUCUGCUCUGCUUCGUUCUGCGCAACUCCGUUUCUGACGUCGUAUUGGCUAAUGAUGACGUCAUCGCUGACGAUUGCAACAUUUUCCGGCGCCCUCUACUGUUUACAAGACGUUAUUUGUAAGCAGGUUCUGGGCGUAAAUUUAUUGGCCGGGGCUUUUGGCUGGACAGGAAUCACCAGCGCCACCAUGGAUUUCGCUCUCGGCUUUAUUCCUGGUUGGAUUUACGACACGACAGGCAGCUACACCACAGCAUUUAUUUUCCUGGGCUCCGUGCAGUUCAUUCCAAUGUUUCCACUCCUGAUUCUGAGGUACAAGGGAUGGGUUGAAUGAUCAUAGUCACGCACCUUACUAAGCUCCGAUCCGUAAUGUUGUGACCACUCACAGCCGUGAUAUAAUAAUUUAUGUCCGACACGCGUGCACGAAAAGCCUGACACACGUGCACGUGAUGCGAUGACGAGCGCAGCUGGAACACGGAGAGAGCAUGGCAGAGAAUAAUAAUCGAUAUUUAUGUUGGAAACUUGUGUAAACCGAGGAUGAUGAACCCCAGAGCUUAAGUUUGGACAGGUGGUGGGGAGCAAGCACAGCAUGCAUCGUAAAGCCAGACGGCUAAGGUCGACAGUGACGAGUGAGUAUGGGAUCUAUCCGCAAUGUUAGUUCGAUCUACAGAGCAUCAAUAAAUUUACAGCUUUACAUUAGUUUUGGUGCUGUAACAAGUAUAUUACAUAAACCUCCGGGUCACCAACAAGCCGAAACAUAAUCCUCGGUAAUGGACAAUUGAAUCCAACGUUUCCCCCAGAACUCAAACGGUUACAGAAUUGUCGUUAAAAAGCAUACUUUAAUGCAAAAGAGAUAUUGCAAACCCACUAAAUAGCCGACAAGCCCCGAAGUUACUGAAAAUGUACUCAUUGAACUAUGGAAUAUGAUACAGUGCUGCAGAGCUACUAAUGCUUUGUCAAUUUAAUGGGUUUAAAUGCAUCCUUUGUUUUUCUGUGUGAAAUGCAUGUAAAAAUGCGGGUUUUGUUUUUAGUCACGGUUGCAAACGGAUUUAGGAUAUUUUCGUAUAAACAUUUACGAAAACGUCACGCCCUUAUAUCACUAUUCAGAACAAACCAUUGUAGCUCCAAACAUGAACAUAUACAUUAUCUUAAACGUCUUUGAGCCAGUUUGGGUGUAGGCCUACAUUUUAUUUCGGUGCGUGCUCUGUUUUCGAACUGUAAUUUAAACAACGCAUUAUUAAAAGUUAACAUAUUUGAAAGGAAUUGUACAUGCAAGUCUUUGAUAUUUGCCGGGGUUUUUUUUAAAGAAAAUCAUUUGCAAUAAGCCGUCCGCAUUCCUCCGUUGUUAUGGACGGUCCACUUCAGAUCAGAUAGGAUCAAACAUUCCAAGUAAAAAAGCUGAGCCUACUGUAGUACAAUGUAUGAGGUUGCAGGCCAGUAAACAGCGCCGAAAUUUAGUGCAAUUUAGAGCAUUUUGUGGGGCA